GACAGAGGGCUCUGAUGCAGCCUUGGAAGAAGGACAAAAUCAACCUAAAAUUGCCUCGAAACGGAUAAAGUUUCACGAAAGCGACGAGAAGGGAGAAGAGAAUGGAAUCAAUCGUUGCAAGAAUGCUUGCUUCUUGAAAUCCUGUCUCGUUUACCCUCCACAAAAGACGCCAUCAGAACAGCUGCACUCUCCAGACGAUGAAAACGUCUUUGGAAAUCGGUACCUACUCUCAUUUUUAAACAUUCAGAUGAUCCCCUAACUCAAUGUCGCCAGAACCCUAACUCAAGGUCCGAUUUCCUUUCAUUUGUGGAAAAAACCCUAACUCAAUCCAAUUGAAGCUCAAGAAAUUCCAAGUGUUUACCAGCUAUCGUGUUACCAAUUAUCAUAUUCGAUUUGAAGCACAUGUCAACAAUUGGAUUCGCUAUGCUAUGAGUUGUAACGUUGAAGAGGUUAACUUGGAGUUUUUGUAUACGGGAAGGGAAUCUGCGAUUCUGUUAGAUCAAUUUUUUUUCAUGAAUUCAUGUUUUAUUGAUCUGAGAUUAUUAGGCUGCAAGUUUAAUCCAACAGGAUCGAUUAGUUGGAAAAAUCUUAGGAGUUUGUGUAUUUUCCAUGGGAAAUUAGAUGAAGACUUGAUUGAAAAUAUAUUAUUGUGGAGUCCUCUAUUGGAAACUCUAGAGUUGGGUGAAUGCUAUGGUUAUAAGCGGCUUGAUAUUACUUCAAAGAGCCUCAAGAACUUGGUGUUCACAGGUUACUUUGAUCCAAAUAAUGAAGUUGAUGAAGAUGAUGAUCUCAUUAAUAUCAUCGGAAUCAAUGCUCCUAAUAUUUUAUCACUGACAAUCAAAGGUGAUAUGUGGUUGUUGAAAUUUUUGUUGGUAAACGUGUCUUCUUUAGUUGAAGCUAACUUAGAUUAUACAUUCAUGGGGCAUUGGGAGGCAACACUUGAAGAAACAGAAGAAGAAAUUCUUGAAACAUUAAUAUUAAACCUUCACCAUGUUAAGGAGCUUAUAAUUGGGUCCUUUUGUUCUAAGGGUCGAAAGAACGGAGAAGCAUCUAAGUAGUUGCCGAAUAGAGUACGUACUUUUGAAAUAAAUAUAAAAUUACCUAACUAUCCCUAGCUUUGAUCAAUUGGUUAUAUGUUAGUUUCAAGUCACAAUAAUCACUAUCCAAAUGCAUGUCUUUGUUUUUACAGCAUGUCAUUGCAAGUUGUAUUUUUGUUUGUCUUGUUCAUAAUCAUUGCAUAGUUGCAUUACAUA